GUUAGACAGGAAGAAGAGAAUGUUAUGUAGCGAUAGUUGUUCUUUAAACCGUGUAAAUGGUGCCUGUGGGGGUUUAUUCACAAUGCAUGGCGGGUUUAUACCCCGACAAAGAAAGGCUGAAAACUGUCUGAGUUGCUGUUCGUCUGUGUCGUGUUUUCACGUAUGAAUUUCAGAUACAGCUGUGCUAGCCAUGAGAGCGUCCGAGGAGGAGUCUCCAGAGACGGAGGACAUGGACACCUCCGAGCCGAACUGGUGCUGGUUCUACUUGGCUGAGUGUGGGGUGUGGCACAUGUUUGAGAUUGAUCCCAGUGCAGCCUGCUCUGUGACCAGCGCUCAGAUUGAGCAGUGCUACAACAGAAACCAGAGAGGUGUGAUGGAGUUCUACACAGCAAAGUACACCUACAGGCUGGACUUCUCCGUUAUGCGGCAAAUUAACGUAACAACAGGGAAACAGCGGCCAAUCAAACGUUCCCUCCAUUCUGCGACUGGUUUCAGGUUUAUUUGUGAUAACCUUGCCUUGCCUGUUCCAUGUCACUGGGAGAGAAUCAAUACAGAUGAGCCAUAUCAGCUCAUUCAGUUGGGAAGAGACACCUAUGAGUUUAAAGAAGUUGCCAGACUGUAUGAGAGGACCAUGGAUCAUCCGAUUAAAUGCAUUCAGAGGAUUCAGAACCUGGAUUUAUGGGAGUUCUUCUGCAGGAAGAAAACCCAGUUGCGAAAAGUCAAGCGCACACUGGAUAUUGAAGAGCGAAUGCUGUUUCAUGGCACAGGACACAGCAACAUACAAGCUAUAUGUACUUUUAACUUUGACUGGCGGCUGACAGGAAGCCAUGGCGAUGUCUAUGGCAAAGGGAGCUACUUUGCCCGGGAUGCUAAAUAUUCCAGUAAAUUCUGUCACACCACAGGGAAGCACAACACCACCCUACAGAGACACGGACUUGCCCCGCCAAUAUUCGCUUGCGAGCCGCCUUACAAGACUAUGUUCCUUGCUAGAGUGAUCGUUGGAGAAUACACCGUAGGGCAUCCCCUUUACUGCAGACCGCCUUCCAAGGAUGCAAGCUUCACCAACUUUUACGACAGCUGCGUAGACGAUAUGGCCAACCCAAAGAUUUACGUCAUUUUUGACAGCAAUCAGAUCUACCCGGAGUAUCUGAUCGAGUUCUACUGAAAGCCAAACAAGAAGAUGAAUACUAUUUUUUUAAUAAAGGCUGGAUUCAAAUGUGGAAAUAUUUUGGAUACAGAAUAAAAAGGUGGGGCAGAAUGGAGCUAAACGGACUCUCUUCUUCCAGUCAGAUCCAGUGCCAAACUGGAGCAUAGGUCAUCUAAAGUGCCUUUGGGGGAAAUUGGAAAAUGAAGAAGACAGUAAAGGCUUUGUGUACAGUCUGUGUGCUGUAUGGCUUGUCUUAAAGGGGCUCUUCUGGUAGGAAUGCUUCGUUUCAGCAAGCAAGAACGAAGAGACGGACUAAAGAGCAGUCAUUGUGGCAAUUUUGUACUAAGUGCGGAAUCUGUGCUUGCUUGUUAAAUCUAUGUGCACAGUUGUUUAGAAUAAGCAGCCUGUACGUUAAAGGUGAUUUCCUGCCAUCAGCACAUCCACAGUACCCCGCAUGAGCUUAUCUACAUGUCAUGAUGACAUGUCUUAAACCAAAAACCAUCACAUGCCCCAACUUGAUCAUUUGGACCCCAGAUGUAUCAGUUGUCAGCAUUUAUGUGUACUAAGUUAAAAUCCCAAUUUCAAAAAAAUUGGGACAUCUUGUAAAAUAUGAAAAAAAAAAAAACAAAAAAAAAAAACACAGUGAUCAGCAAUGUUACCCAACCUAUACUCGGUUGAACACAGCACAAAGACCAGAUAUUCAACAUUCAAAGUCACAACCUGUAUUAUUUUAAGGGAAAUAUACACACAUUGUAAAUUUUGUAGCCUGUCACAUGUUCCACAAAAGUUGGGUCAGGGCAUGUUAACCACAUCCCCUUUUCUUCCAAAAACACAGUAAGCGUCUGGGGCCUGAAGACCCUAAUCUUUCCAUUUCCCAUUCUCACUCGAGUUACAUCUUUAGUGGCUCAACAUUGUAGGGUUUCUGUUGUCAUAUUUUGCACUUUAAAAUGCACAAUACCUUUUCAUUGGGAGAUGGACACACUCUUAUUGUGAAGCCAUGCUGUUGUAACAUACAGAACGUGGCUUGUUGUUGUCUUGCUAAAAUAAGCAGGGAUGUCCCUGAGAGAGAGAUCAUCUGGAUGGAGGAAGCUUGCUCCAAAACCUGUAUGUACCUAUCAAGUGUUCAUAGAGCUUUCACAGACAUGCACAACCAUCGUGCACAAUUUAUGUGCUCACACUAAACAGUCCGACUGUCAAGCCCAACCUGAGUUCUCACACUGUACGAGUGAAGUCUGGAUGGACCUUGACAGAAAACUGGAUUUUCCUUCGAAAAAGUCUCACAUACUGAGGUCCAAGUCCUAUCCUUGCUCUCUCACUCUCCCUCUCUCUUUCUUUCUUUCCCACACACAAAAACAGCACCACCAUCCUGGUCAGCUGGAGGUCCACGGGUAGGACUAUAUCCUGCUUGUUUAUUUCCUUUAUUAUAGCAGGGGUGAGGGGGGGUGAGCCAUUCCUGCUGUUGUCAUGACAAUUUAAGACAUUGUCUGACAGUUUACAAAGGAAAAAAUACCCCAAAGUUGAGGAUUCUGCUCGUGGCUCUGCUCUCACUGUGGGAGUGUCUGAGUUGUACGACGUAAAUGGCAAACAUGUCCGAAAUCUACCAGUUGGGAGCAACUGGUUGGCCGUCGUACCCCUCUGUACAUGGCACAGCAAACGUUACAUGAUCCAACUGAAAGUCGGUGUGACUUCAAAGUGAGUCGUGCGACUCAAAAUUCAUGGCUGAAUUGGAUGAGUUUGCAGUGUAUAUCUGGCUCUAGAUUUGGUCAAAGUCUUGAUGGUCUUUUGCCUCUUGAGUUACAUUUAUAGUUACAGCGACAUACUGUGUUAACUGAUAAUGGUUUCCCAAAGUGUUUCUGAGCCCACCUUGAUUUCCAUUCCAUAUCCAAUAGCUGGUUUUGAAUGCUGUGCUGCUUGAGGGCUUGGUGGUCACCGGCAUUCAGUGUUGGUUUUCAGCCUUGCCACUUAUGAGCAGAAAUUUCUCCAGAUUCUCUGAAUCUUUUGAUGAUAUUAUGGACUGUAGAUAGACAGAAGUCUCUAAAUUCCCUGCAACUGCAUGUUGAGGAACGUUUUUCAUGAAUGUAUAGACUUUUUUUCCCAUGCAGUCUGUCAAUCAGUGAAGAGAACCUUGCGCCAUCAUCCACUGUGAAUGACUUUCAGGAGUUAAAAUAUCCAGAAACCAAGGCACUUGUCUUUAAAAAAUGUAAGUGCUGUUGAAAUUUUCAUUUCAAUUAAUGAAAGACAGGUGAAAAUGCAAUUAAAUAAAUGCCGAUUACUCACACUGAUGCAUCACACAACCGUCUAAAGCAGCUUUGAUUAGAAAUCAUGUAAAAAUUCUCCAUGCUCUUAAUUUUUAUAAUGUUAUGGAUAAAAAUGCAUAAUCUACAUUGACAAUCCGCCCUCAGUUUCCACUUGUCCUGCUUCAAAAGUUAGUAGAAAGUUUUGAUGCCAUUUACAAGCAUGUCCUUUCUGAUUGUUUUGUAACUAUUAUCUUUAAAUCUACCAGCAGUCUUUCUCGAGUUAUCGACAUAUGCAAUUAAUUGAGAUAAACCACUAACAAAGCCUAAAUCAACUGGUAGCGCAACAAAAAAGUAAAAAGCCUUUGUAAAAGUGGCCUGUUCUAAAAGUGGAGCAUCAGGAGUAACUUUCAGGAGUGCUCCUUUUUACCCAGAGAAGAUACUGUCACCUUACCAAUCAUCCUGUGGAAUGUUCUGGGUGUUCUUAAGCAUUUAACAACUUUUCCAGUCUUUCCUUGACCAAACUUUUUUGGAAUGCAUUACAGGAAGGAAUUUCAGAAUGUGCAUAUUUCCAAGAAAAAACACAGUUGAUCAGUUUGACAUCAAAUGUCUUGUUGUCUUUGCCCUGUAUUCAAAUUAAUAUAGGUUGGAAAGGAUUUUCAACCUACUGUAUUCUGUUUUUAUUCACAUUCUGCAAAACAUCCAAACUUUUUUGAAAUUGGAGUUUAUACAGUGUAUCACAUAGGCAUGAAUUUUUGUUUUGUUUUUGUUCCAAAAAAAAAAAACGCUUCUACCUCUGCAUUGUUUUGACCAUGCAUCAUGCACUUUUCCCCCUUUCCAUGAAAGGUUUUAACUGUGUCACAGUGACAUAAAGUCAUGAUGUCGUCUUCUUGUGGUCUCUAGCAAUAUGUCUCUGUGUACUUCUAUCCUUAAACUGACUUGACAGAGGCUGAGGUUGAGUAAUAUUUCAACCAAAGCCCAUUCCAAACAAUAAAAAGAUCUGUUUCAGUACCAUGUUUGGCUUAAAAAGUCAUCAGUGUGAUGUUACCACCUGCUGUUGCCUUUAUUUUAAAGGACCGUGCAGGUUUUCUUUCCAUCUGGUGUAAAUUAUCAGAAAAAAGAAUGUAGCCAGCACAUGUACAGCACUGUAAUGAGAAUUUAUAUCGCUUUGCUGUGUGAGUUUGUUGAAUUCAUUCUGACUGGACAAUUGCAUUGUUAGCCACUAGAUGGUGUAAUAGUACAAGAAUAGCAUUUCCUCAAUCCAAGUGAAGCUAUCUGUUUAAGCUGAGUGAGUGCAGGGGUGAAUGAAGCUCUAAGUGUCUGCAAUGUU